CGAACGACUAAUCGCGCGCUUUCUCUAAUGGCGCUUAGCCAUAUUUUCUUUUUUAAUUAAAUUAUCCACCAAUGACAUUCUUCUCUUUCUUUUCUUUUUUAACACUUCGGUAGCCCUUUUUUCUCCUCUCUUCUCUUCACUUCAUCGAAAUAAUCCGUUCAACAUGAGCAACGAAGACAGUUUUUUCACCGACAUUUUUCUAGAUUGGUUUCCCGGCGAAAAUUGCGAUUCUGGUGUCGAGCCUAUAGCACAAUAUUGUCCGACCGGACCACCAUCGCCGUCCGAUGAUAAUCACGUGAACUCGACGAGCUCGAUGUCGAGCAGAAGCAAGAAGCGAAACCGAGAAUUAGUUUCCGAUAACUUAUUGGAAGCUGAUAGAAAAGGGACCCGGCACUGGAGAACCGGCGAAUCAUCAACCUCCGGGCAACAACCGAAAACGAGAGAAGAUAAUUUGAAAGAGCUUAUUGUGGUGAAAACUGUAAGGAAAGCUGCUAAAAUUUUAAUGGAUCGAAUCGACCGAAGAGUAAACAAAGUCAAGAUAGCAGAUGCGGAAUUGGUAUACAAGAUGAUGGCCAUGAGAGCCUCUCAUCUCUUACCGCAAGUUUUCGUCUCCUUCGACCGAUUCGAAGCGCAAUCAUUCCGUUCUAAUCUCAAAAAAUUUAAGGAAAAUAUCACGAAAAUACAGAAAGAUUACAAAGGAAACCGAUUAACAGAAGCCGAGGCUAAGCAGAAAUUGCUCGAAGUAGGAAAGGAAAUCGAGCAAUUAGAUCAACACCUAGAGGACUUUGAACAAGUCAAAGAUGUUUGUGGCAUUUGUCCUUGAUAUAAGCAUUAUUCUACAUAUCCAUUGAUGAAAGAAGUUGCUGCUACUGAUGAUCGGGGAAGUCUGCCGACUCCUGAAGAAUUACCUGCUUCAUUUAAUGAUAUGAAAAACCAACUUUACGGCAAAGACAACAACAAAGUUUCUGUUGAAGACUUCCAUGGCUUACAACAAGCAUUGGAUAACACUAUAGCCUGGGGAAAACCUCCGGACUACCUCGAACUUAUUGCGAUCCGAAUCGAAGAGGCUCGUGGAAAAGCUACCGAAGUUUCUCAUGUCGGUAUUCAAGUUCUGGUUUGCGCUGCAAUCAAAGAGAUGGAAGAUUUUCCGAUCGAAGAUUUAGAGUGGGAUACAUUGAAAAAGUGGGGGGCAACUCUCAAUAUGGCUAAGCAACUUGGUUUUCAAGUGGGAUUUGCUGAUAACCUGUUGAAGACCAAGUUGCUUGCCUACUUUGCUACUCAAAACCUAUUAGAUGCGACUGAAAAAAAGGUAUAAUUUAUGGGUUAAGGGUUAAAUUGUGACUUAAGUCAAAAUUUUAUGAUAUUUGAAUUCAUGUGUCUGUGUUGCUUUGCUGCUUUGCUGCUUGCAGUCUUCAUUUUUCAUGAAGUACCCAUGUUUUUGUAUACGACUGUCUGAAUAUUCUUUUAAAUAGAAAAACUUAGAAAAGCUAAUCACACCCAUGACAGAUAUA